AUGAACAUCUAUGAUAUACCUACCGUUCUAAGAGAUUCAUUUUCCCUUUCUGUUACGCCUCUUAAUAUACAAAAAGGAUUUAAGGUGACUGGAAUUUGGCCUUUCCACAGAGAAAUAUUUCAAGAUGAUGAAUUCUUACCCUCAGAAGUAUCAGACAGGCCAAAGCCAGAAAAUAUUAAUACAUCAAUGGAAAUAAGUCCUGAACCAGAAUUUAAUAGGGAAAACCAAAGAACCCCACAACCUUCUACGAGUUCAGCUUGCAGCUUAUCGUUACAUAAAUCUGUUGAUUUACUAUCUACUGGUACUCAUAUAACGCCCCGAGAAUUAAAACCUUACCCAAAAGCCAUGCCAAGAAAAUCAAAAGUAGGUCGGAAGAAAAGAGUUUCCGCAAUUUUGACAGACACUCCGAUUAAAUCUGCUUUAGAGGAGGAAGGAAGGACAAGACAAAGAAAAAAAAAUGUGGGAGCAACUAAAAGAAACUUAUCAGGUGAAUUAACAAGUGGGGCAAAGUCUAAAUGUAAGAAGCAGAGCGCUAAAAAGACCCUUAAAAAAAUAGAUUCUACAAGCUCAAAAGAGGAUGAAGAAUCGGCAUGUCUGAUAUGUUUAACUCCAUUUUCACAUUCUAGAAAUGAAGAGUGGAUCCAGUGCAUUGUCUGUAAAGGGUGGGCGCAUGUAGGUUGUGGCAAAGAUAUCGAUUUUUAUGUUUGUAUUCACUGCUUGUCCGAUAAUGAUUAG